GUAAAGCGCUAUGCGCGUUGCCACCGGAGACGCAAUGUAGGAAGUAAUUUCCACAGCUUGCCGUCGUUGUUGUUUUGAUAGCUCGAAUAGUUAAACGUGUUAAAAUACACCUGCCUGCGUGUUUAUGUUCAGUAUUUUCUCCUGUUGUUUCUGAGCAGUUUUCGACUUGGAUAACCGACCCGACACUAACAUCACCGACACGUUUCAGGUACUGACAGUCCAUGAGUCGCGGUCGGAACCCCCCUCCCCGGGGUCAAGGGGCAGCCCGAGCCAAACAGAUGGGGCUGCUCCUUGACCUGUCCCUGGACGGAGGGAUGAACGAUGAAGGGAAUGAUGAAGACCUGGAGGCAGAGCUGCUGAAUCUGGUGGGAGGAGGUGGGGCAGGAGGGAGAUCACAAGGGAAGAAAGGUGAUGGCAGAGCUCCUGUCGCCAUGGCUGAAAUAGAGCGAAUGGCAGCUCUUUGUAUGAAAGACCUGGAUGAUGAUGAGGAAUUGGGGGAUGAAGAUUUGGAUGAUGAUGAUCUGCUGGCAGAACUGAAUGAGGUGUUAGAGGAUGAUGACGAACAAACUCCUGCUCCCACCCCUCCUGCCGUCACGCCAACUGCUCCCAAAGUGAGCGUCACAUCCCGCUCUACUCCUCAUGCUGCUCCCAGUGGUGCAACUGGGAUGGAGUCCUGCCUAUUGGAGCGCAUCGAUAUGUACAAGACAGCCAUUUCCAAUGCCAAGGCUGCGGGGGAGACCAGCAAAGUUCGAAGAUAUGACCGUGGGUUAAAGACAAUGCAGUCCAUGUUGGCAUCUGUCAGGAAAGGAAAACCCAUCAAUGAGGAGGAGAUCCCACCUCCUGUUGCUCUUGGGGGAAAGCCCAACGCCACAGCCGAGUCCGUGCCUAUCAAGGAACGAGAGCUGGCAGAGCCCACGCUGAUUCCUUCUCCCACAAAUCAAAAACCUCUAAGGGAGGCUGCGCCAACAGCUCCUAAUACGAAGCUGCACCUUCUGACCCCGCCCCAAAAGCCUGCUGCUGCCAUCACCCCAGGAACACCUGCCAUAUCACCCCUCACCCCCAGCCAGCCUGACGCACAGCACUCCGAGCUGAAACAGGCAGUGUUGUCCAGACAGAGGGAGUAUAAGAUGGCCGCCAUAAAUGCAAAACAGAGGGGUGACGUUGACAAGGCCAAACAGCACUACCUCGUGUCCAAGAAACUGGACUUGCUGGUGGAGGCCCUGGACAGAUAUGAACCAGUAGACCUGAGCUCACUACCUCCCCCUCCUGGAGACAUAGUAGCAGAACACUGUGCACCACCUCCUCCUCAGUCUUCCUGUAAACCUGCUGGCCCUGCUGCUCCAGCACCCGCCCAGUUGGCCACUGCCGAUCUGCCUGCUCCCAGCAGUUUGGCAGAAGCCCUGCAGCAGAGGAUGGACAUAUACAAGUCAGCAGCAGAGGGAGCCAAGAGCAAAGGGGACGAUCGAAAGGCUCGCAUGCACGAACGGAUUAUCAAGCAAUACCAGGAUGCCAUCAGAGCUCACAAAGCUGGACGACCUGUCAGCUUGUCUGACCUGCCCGUGCCGCCAGGCUGUCCACCACUUCAGGGCUCAGAGGGGGGCCAGCAGAACCUCAUGGGUGUCCUGGAAACAGCCAUGAAAAUAGCCAAUCAGGAUGCAGACGCAGAAGAUGAUGAAGAAGAGGAUGGACAAGGAGCUGCCAAGCCUGCAGUGCGUCCACCCGCUCAGAAGGCAAAGUCUCCUGCUCCUCAGGCCCCCGGAGGUUCCUCAUCUCUAAAACUGGGAGCCAAAGCCCAGCAGCAAGUGGAUUUCCUGUUGCUAAGGCGACAGGCUUUUUUGCGUGCCGCGCUGCGCUCCAAACAGAUGAAGGACAUGACUGGAGCAGCGCAGCACCUCAGACACUCCAAGGGACUGGAGCCCAUGAUCACCGCUGCCAAGUCCGGCCUACCUGUUGAUAUUUCCAAGAUUCCCAGUGCUCCAGUCAGUGAGGAGGACUACUCCCUGGCUCGCUCCCGUACCUCCCCUCUCUCCCCUCGCUCCAGUGAACAGUACCACCGCCUAAUGGAGCUUUUGCGGAAGCAGCACGAGAAAUGUCUGGGCAAUUCUCAACAGCUCAUACUCUUGGGCAAUGUGGCCGAGGCUCUGAAGUUUGAGAAGCUUGUUGAGGAAUGUAUGAAGAGCAUAGAGAUACUGAAGAAUGCCCACGCGAAGGGCCAGCCAGUCCCCAAGUGCCGCACAGAAGAGAGGACCCUCAACACUGUCAAGAUCCACUCCAGCCUGACACUUAAUGACCUGAUGCUGCACAUCAUCAGAGGCAUCAACCUGCCAGCUCCCGCAGGUGUUUCACCUAAUGAUCUGGAUGCCAGUGUGAAGUUUGAGUUUCCUUUUCCCACUGCGGAGGAGGCUCAGAGGGACAAGACCAGCACAGUAAAGAGCACAAACAGUCCAGAGUUUAAAGAGCAGUUCAAACUCAACAUAAACCGCACCCACCGAGGCUUCAAACGAGUCGUCCAGUCCAAAGGCAUCAAGUUUGAAAUCAUCCACAAGGGAGGCCUCUUUAAAACCGACAAAGUCGUGGGCACUGCUCAGCUGAAGCUAGAGGCUCUAGAAAACCACUGUGACGUUAGAGAGAUCAUAGACGUGAUGGAUGGACGUAAAGCGACAGGUGGCAAGUUGGAGGUGAUGGUGAAGAUCAGAGAGCCUUUAUCAGGAGCUGAUCUCCAGCCGGUGACUGAGAAGUGGCUGGUUGUCGAUCCUGUGUCCACCCUUUCUCCUACAGAGAGACAAAAGGAAAAAAAGGAACGGGCGCCAUCUCCUCCUCGGUCUAAACCCAAACAUGAAGCGAGCAGCAGGAGCAGUCAUUCCAGCAACUCUCCUCCACAGUACAAACUCCACAGCUUCAGCCUCCUCAGCUAUGACAGGGAGCGGCUGGAGAGAAAGAUUGCAGAAUACCGAAAGACGCGCCGGGAUCCCCCAUCUGACCUCAUCCAUCAACACAAAGAGGUCACAUACAGACUGCAGUGGCAGAAAGCACAGCUGGAGCGAGCCUCUCCUGCUCUGCUGACAGAUUAUGAAAAUGUGCUGCAGCGCUUAGUCCAAGGACUCGCUGACUCUGUGAAGAAAUUCUCCAGCCAAGGCAACAGGGACGCUGCCAAGGACGCACUGAGCAGGUUGAAGAUGGUAGAGAGCGAGCUGGAAUCGUUAAAAAGGAAACGCACUGGAUGAGAGAAGAGUAAGAGCGGAGAAGACUUGGCUGAAGUACUGUUAUCGCUCUCUCUCGCGCGCGCUCUCUCUCUCUCUCAUACACACUCAUAUACAGACACUACAGUGGGUACUUUAAGCACCUUUAGCAUGAUUUUAUACUGCUCAUGUCCACAACAACAACUGCAUGAACCUACCUGAUCAUUCUGCCAGUUGAUCUUAUAAAUUGGUCGCCUGCCUCAGUACUACAAAAUAAAUCUGUAACUACAGAGCGACAAAGAAAUUGAAACAAACAUUAAAAGGUGUUCAUGAGCUAAGGACGAGGCAGGCUUAUUGCACUUAAACAAGACAAACACUACAGAAAGCUGCUUGAAGCACAGCUUUACAGACCUUAUCUGUACUAUCAUUUUUUUAUUCCCAUCCCAUCUUCUUUUGAGAAUCAUUGGUGAAGAGAUCUGUCCCAACACUUUUAAGUUUUACAUUUGAAACCAGCUCAGAGAGACUUUUAGUGUCCAUAGAUGACCAAAACAAUGUGUGCGUGUGCACGUGCGUGCUCUGAAGUGUGUUUAACCAGUGGACUGAGGUGUUUUUAACCCCUUUUCCCAUAUUUCAUGUGUGUGUAAUGAGCUUAAUCUAAUCUGUCUGCUCCAGUGUUCCCAGAUUACAGUAAUCUGCUCCAUUUGGAGUGGUGUGAUAUGGGAAUAAAAAACGGGGCUUCGGGGCGCCGCAGCCUACAUCCCAUAAUGAGGGAUUAGUGUUUGUGUCACCAAGGAGACGACUAGAUCAGACGUAGAGUCGCCUUUGGGGCUGGGGAUAGGGGGUGUGGGGGCUGUGAAUGUGGUGGAAGCUUAGCUCUGCAAAAGGAUUGCUUCUUCGUCUUCAUCAGCUGUUUCUUCUUUGUUGUCUUCUUCUUCGUCUUCACUUUCUUCACACUAAUUCCUUUGCAUAUAUUCAUAGAUUAUUCAGAGUCACGAGUAAUGGGCUGCUCCACUUGGAUUUUCUUACAAUAUUAAACAAUAUUAAGUCUGUCGUGCUGUCGAUUAGAAAAUAAUGAACAGCUGUGCUGCUAUUUUCCACCGAUAUUGGCAUAUGUAGUUUAUAAACCCAGCUUCUGUCUCACUGAGCUGUCCAGUGGCAGCACAGUGGAUGCUCAAUAGUCUGCUCACAGAACGAAAACCCCACUAUGUGUCAGUAAGCCUGGGUAAUUGCUCAUUUCUAUUUUGGUUACCCCAUAGACAUCCCUGUCAUAGGCACCCUGGUCACUCCUCUCUGCAGUUUUCUUUGACUGUGAAGUCAAGGGGACAAAAUUGAGACAAAUCCAGUAAAACUUUAUAAGAUGUGUGACGAAUGCAGACUGGCCUUAAAAUCUGUAAUUUUGUCACAGUAAUAGUAGAUGUACAAAACAGUGGUGUGAAAAAUGUGUCAUACCGCUGCAAUGUAUUCUGAGCUCUGUUUCGUGCUCUGGACAGAUGUUUCCCCAGUGCGUUUGACAACCUGAAAGCACACGGCAGCAGACUCUGCUAGUCCACGUUUGAUUUCACGUGGCCAGAAUGUAGCACACUACUUCACAUGAGCCUUACUGUAUGUUUUUAUUUGACUCUUCAAUGUGGAUGAUGUCUGUUAACUCUACUAAUAGUUCUUUGGUCAUGUGACACAGCAGAGGAUCAUGUGUCUGCCCUAAUCCACCCACUGCCUCGCCCCAUUAGCAAAUAAUCCUGGUUAAAGUUGACCUGGUAUGGCCCUCUAUAGUCUGUGUUGAUUUUUAUGUAACACCCCUUCCCCCGCUUUUAUCUGUCUGGAGAGGAUAUCUUCUGACUCUUGCUUUUGUGCUUUUGAUCAGUGAAAUUCUUUUAGAUGGACAUGGCAGUAGAAGGAGAGAUGACAGACCCCUGCUUAUAGUGACAUGAUAACCUUUAAUUUACAAUGGGAUGGCGCCUAAAGGACUCUAUCAACUAUAUUGCAACUUGUAGCUGCUCCAAGUCAUGCACACGUAACAUUUUUGCUGACUGUUUUUCAGUGCAUGCAGAACAGUUUGAGAUUCGAUGUAUUUCCUCUCCUGUGCCAGGCGGCCAUUAGUUUCCAUUAUUUCUGUGCAUUAUGGAAAUCAUUUAGCAGACUCUUGAAACUUGCUUGACUUUGAGCCAAACAUUUGCCCCACUAAGUAGUGUAAUCCAUCACAGUAAGCAUCAAGUCUGCAUUAAUGCUUGUCAAUGUGUCAUUAUGCGGCAGUACAGUUUAAAUGCUGAUUUAUUUGGAAAGCUCUGCAUUAAUGAUAAAUAUUAAGAUAAUGUAUAACUUUGAUAUAAAUUGACUCCGUGGAUUACACAACUCAAUUUCAAGAGUCUGCUAAUUGGUUUCCAUGCUGUAUGGAAAUUAAUGGAAACGUUCUGUUCAAAUAACUAGGACUGCAAUUAACAUUAUUUUUAUUAUUGAUUAAUCUGCUGAUAAUAUUCCAGAUGUUUAGAUUAAUCAUUGGUCUAUAAAAAGCCAGAAAUGGUUUUAAAAAUAAAAAAGGGUCUUACAAUUUCAUAAAUGAUUGUUUUGUCAGAUCGACACUUCAAAACCUGGAGAUAUUCAGUUUACUGUCACAUAAGACAAAGAAAAGUACAAAAAUACUUCACAUUUAUUGGACACAGGAACAUGUUUUGCAGUAGGACUAGCUGUGAGGUAAAAUAAAUGUAGUCUGAAGUAAAUGGGCUAAAACAUGCAAAACAACUGAAUGUGUUUCUGGCGCACUAAGUCAAACAAAAACUGAAAGCGACCACGUAGCUCUGAUAUAACCCUGGGAUGCACAAAAACCGCACUGCACCGCUUUCUUUCACUCCAAAACCUUUUAACCCUGUGUCACCUCUAACACACACACACUACUGCCACUUCAGCCUACCCCUCGAGUAACCUCGUGGCCUCUGAGGCUGUCCUGUUGUCAUGGCAGCGAGCUCAUCAGCAUUCAGUAUGGUCGUUGGACGGUUGGGACCCGGGGAGAGGGACAUAUUGUUAAAGUUUGUCCUGCUGGUGACUAACACUCCUUUCUCGCAUUUACAAGACACCACACACACACGCUCACACACACUCCUUCUCACUCUUUCUCUUUUUUUUAAAUCUGUUUGGCUCUCGUCUCUCUUUUUAUUUAUUUUUUUUUAUUUUUUUUUUUAACCUGACUCUGAAAUCUACCUACAUUCCAUUUUAAAAAGGAGAAACUUUGGUGUAUUGUUUGUCAUUGUGAAUGUCCUGAUCAGCAGCAGUCAAUGUUUCAUUUGGGCUUGGGAAAUACUAUUGUUGGACCUUCUGACAUUUUUUAAAAUCCGUUAAGUAAUGUAAGGGCAAUCAAUAUAAAUAUAUUAUUAUAUACGAUAAAUAUACAGCAUAUUAUGCUCUCUCUCUAUUUUUAAAUGUAAGGUGGGAUGAUUUGUGCAGCUCAGCGGCAGAAUGUGUGAAGGCCUGAUUGUUUAGGCUUUAUUAUCAAGAUGUAUGAGGUUGGUGUUAACAUGAAUAAAAUGGUGAAACAGC